UUCCAGUUGUUUACUAUUCUUCAUUUCUUCCAAAAGUUGUGGAUUUUAUUAUAUUUUUAAGAAAAUAGUUUUCUUUAAUAAGUUGAAAUUGGAAAUGAGUAGUACAACUGCUAACGAUAUUCCUGAUUGUACUAUUUAUUGUAAGUCCGUUCAACAUGGAGAUAUAAUAACGGCUGCACUUUCUAAAAGAAGUAUAUCAGAAUUUGACCUAUGUGCUUUUCUUAAUUAUACAUGUAUGCGUUGUGAAUCUGUUAGAGAUUCCACUGGACGAACAGCAUUACAUGUGGCAGCAUCUUGUGGUAGAGCAGAAGUCGUAAAAUGGUUGAUAUGUAGCCGACAUGCAGAUAUUGAAGCAAAGGAUAAGGAAUCUGGAUAUACUGCAUUACAUAGAAGUAUUUUUUAUGGAAAAAUUCAUGUAGCAGUAGAACUUAUCAAAUUAGGAGCUUCAGUCUCUGAGUUAGAUCUCGACCACUUAACCAUAUUAGAACACGCUAUGAAGGAUGGGUUACAACCUGAUACAAACUAUGGUGAAUUAUAUUGUUGGGGAUCAAAUAACAACAAUUUAUUAGGUCCUCAGCAAGCUAGAGAAAGUCCAGAAUUAUUAGAUGUGUUUCAUAAGGAACACCCUAAUGAAUGUGUGAAGCAGAUAUGUAUAGAUCAGUUUCAUAGUGUAAUAAUUACAAUUUCAGGAAAAGCUUAUUCCUGUGGACAUGGCCAAGGCGGAAGAUUAGGACUUGGUAUAGAACAAGCUGUAGUUAGUCCCCGUAUUAUAAAUUUUUUGGACACACAAAAAGGUGACAUUGUCACAUGUCUUCAAGCCAGUAUUUCAAGGGACCAUAGCAUUUUUUUGUGUUCUGAUGGAAAUAUUUACACCUGUGGCUUAAAUACAUAUCGGGUACUUGGGAUUCAACCUCCUCCAGUAAAACUAUUAAUUCCAAAACCAAUAAAACACUUCAUCAGCGAAGCGAAGGGCGUUUGUUCAGGACGAUACCAUUCAGUUACAUGGGGCUCCAAGUCGCUCUACACCUGGGGAUUGAAUGGUGGCCAACUUGGCCAUAAAAUAAAUAAUAAAACUGAAGAGCAGUACAUUGUAACUCCCAAAAAAGUAAAGUUUAUAAAUAUUGAUGAAGUAGAUAUCAGAGCCGUGGCGGCAAGUGAUGGAGCUACUGCAGUUUGUACAGAUCGAGGAGAUAUUUAUGUCUUGCAUGAAUUUCUCUGUAGGAAAAUUGCCUCUAGACAGUUAAAUGUGGUUCAAAUUGAUAUUACUGGUGGAAAAGUAGAUGCCACUUCUCUAAACCAGGAAUCAAAAAAAUCUCAAUGGGAACUAAAAGUUGUUGCUUUAACAAACACUGGGAAUCUUUUAUUAUGGCAGCAAUCUGAUCCACAACUUUGUAGAUGCAUUUUUUCCAUAAACAGAGCAAUUAUUGCAAAGCAUGUUGCAAUAAAUAUUAAUGAAGUAUUGUUAGUAACGGAUUAUGGUGAAGCCUUUAAAGGAAAUAUCUGCCAGAGAAAGAAGAAACAUGUAAAUCUAAAUAAUGUUGAGAAAAAUGUGAAAGGUAAUGAGAAAAGUGCCUUUCACAAAUUUUUAGAAAAAGAAGAUUGCACAUUAGUGCAGUUAAAGAAGAUUUGCAAAAUUCAUCGAGCUAUUUUUAUUCAAAGUGACACUAAAGGCAAAGAUUUUUGUAUUAUACAGGCUCUUCCAUAUAAAUUGUUUGAAUUCCCUAAAAUUAUCGAUUCUGAAAUGCAAAAGGACCUUAAUACAUUGCUAGACAAUGCAGAUGAAUCAGAUAAUAUCCACGAUAUAGUAUUUAAAGUUGGUCAAAAAUAUUUUCCAGCACAUCGUUACAUCAUAUCAACAAAAAGCCCUUACUUUGAAGAAUUAUUUUGCCAAAGUAAAGAAGAAGUCAUCACCUUAAAUGACGUACACGAUGCAAUAUUUGAACAGUUUUUGUUAUACAUUUAUACGGGUUGUUGUGAUCUUACUAGCUGUGGAGAAUUAAAAAGUGAAGUGCUUCGUAAUAUGCACCAAAACCACAGUGAUUUGGUGGAAAAUAGUAAGUUACAAGAAAACGAGGCGCAGAUAACUUCUGACAUGUCAGCAUAUGAAUAUUAUCAAAACACUAAACAUGAACAGAAAAUUAAGCUGUUGAAUAGUAGUCAAAACCUUAAAAACCCCAUAAGAAUGUUACAAGAAUUGGCCAAAAGAUACGGAUGUAAAGAAUUACACAAUACACUAAGUAACUUGGAGAUGCAAAAAUGUGUUAUUAGAUUCAAACAUGCCGCCGAAUCUAAGCUCUUAGUACCCAUGGUAUUUAAUAGGAUGAUGUUUCCAAAUUUUUAUGAUAUCACUAUUAAAUGUAGGGACAAUAAAGAAAUUAUGGCACAUAAAUGUAUUUUAGCAGCUAGAUUGGAGUAUUUUAAUAAUAUGUUUUCGAUGAGAUGGAAAGGGGCUGAAACCUCUGAAGUAACCUUACCAUUUCCAAAAAGUAUUGCAGAAGCAUUGCUGGAAUUUUUAUAUACCGACUCUGUGACAUAUCUAAAUGGCACUGAUAUUGAUCAUCUUUUCAAGAUACUAAUACUUGCUGAUCAAUUAUUUGUUAUAAGGCUCAAAGAACAGUGUGAAUCACUGUUGACAAACCUGCUGACAUUGAAAAAUGCCGUCCAACUGCUUUCUUUUGCCGAUUCAUAUAAUGCAAAAAAGCUCAAGCACUGCUGUAUGAAAUUUAUUACGUUAAAUAUAACAGCAUUUUUAGAGUUGAGAUCCCUUGAAGAAUUGGAUGAUGAACUGUUGAUAGAACUUUCUGAAUUCUAUUUUCAAAAUACAAAAAAGCUCUCAUGCAGAUUUAUAACUCCAUAUUCUGUAGCUCCUUUGGAUGAGGAAAUUAUCUCGUUAACUAGUCUACAUAAUUUUUCAUUAAAAGAUGAGGUGGAACAAAAAGUUUUGGUUAAGUCCAGUCAGAAAAGAAAAUCUCGAGCACAUAAAAUUAGUUUAUCUGAAAAAAACAAAUCAUUGGACAAUGACAUUAUUAGUUUAGAUAACUUAAUACAGUUUCCUGACAUACCCGAGGUAAUUUCAGAAUCCAAGAAAGAUUCGAAAAAUAUGCCUGAUAGAGUUAAAGCUAUUACUUUGGCCAGUGAGAAAAUUAAAGGAGAGGAUAUUGAGCCACAAUUUACAAAGCUGUCUUCCAACAAAAAUUACAGUUCUUCUAGUCUGAGUAGAUCUUUUAAUGAAGAAAAUGAUUUUCCAGAACUGAAUAGUCCACCGUUAUAUUCGAACAAUAGUUUUUAUCAUAAAACGCCUCCUCAGAAAAUUGAUUCCAAACAUAAAAUUAUUAGACUGUCCCAAAAACAAAGAAAGAGGUUAUCUUCUGAAAGCAACAAUAAUAUCGGGCCUUCAACACCAGAGAGCCCAAAAAAUCCGUGGAAAAUUAUUCCGGAUAUAUCUAGCAGUCCCAUUUCAGCUCCAGAUACAAAAUCAACAAUCACUGAUAUCAUUUAUCAUGAAAAGAGGCAAAAGGAAAAUUUGGUGAAAAUCACUACUAAGCUUCUAACUUAUACUCAGAUCGAAGACCGAGCCAUUGAUGAACUGCACAAAUUUUAUAAUUGUGACGAUGUAACUGAUGAAAUUAUCACUAUUGAGCGAGUAGCGAUCGGUGCCAUCGCAUCACCUGUAUGGGUUCCAAGAACCAAGUGAUGUUAAUGCCUUUGUUGAAAAUUUGUGAUAUAAGCUUUUUAAUUUGUUGAUGUAACAUAGAAUAUAUGAUU